AUGCUCACUAUGACUUUAAUCCCGAAUCCAGAUGGUCUUCUACAUUUCACUUCUGAACGCCUCCUCUACCGUGCAGCAGAGAACACUGACUCGGACAAGGAAUUCAUUCAAAGACUUCUGAAUGAUCCUACCAUUCAAACUAUGAGCACUGGCCGCCUUAAGGGACCUCUAUUCCAGAAGUAUGCAGAGGACUUUAUCAAAUCGAUGCAAGAUUCCCUACUUGGUCUGAUUAUCUGUCUCCCUCCAUCCUCCGAGAUGGUAUCUUCUUCAGCGGGUGGCAAAGAGCAAAACCCCGUGCCCAUCGGACACUUGGGCAUUUUUUACACCCAGCCACCGGGUAGAGAGCAUCACCGCUGCGCUAUGCUAGGUAUAUCACUUGCAGACGGGUUUCGUGGUAAGGGAUACGGCGGGGAAGCUAUCAAUUGGGCUCUAGACUGGGCCUUUCAGCAUGUCGGAUUGCAUAGGAUCAGUAUAUGUGCAUUCUCAUUCAACUUCAAUGCACUGAAGCUCUACAAGAAUCUUGGGUUUGUGGAGGAAGGCAGGGAGCGAGAAGCUCUAUAUCACCUUCGCACUUGGCAUGAUCUAGUCAUGUUUGGAAUGUUGGAGCAUGAGUGGGAAGCGUUGAGGGGGAUCAAAUGA